AUGGACGACGCCGGUUCCUCGUCGGCUGGCGCUCCGUCCUCCGCGGGCGGGCAGGCGGGCGCGACGCGCCGCCCCGUCGCGUGCAUCGUGCUCGGCAUGGCGGGCAGCGGGAAGACGACUCUGAUGCAGAGGCUCAACUCGCACCUGCAUGAGGCGAAGCGGCCAUACUACCUGAUCAACCUGGACCCGGCGGUGCUCGAUACGCCCUUCGGCGCCAACAUCGACAUCCGCGACACCGUCAACUACAAGGAGGUGAUGAAGCAGUACAGCCUCGGGCCAAACGGAGGCAUCCUCACCUCGCUCAACCUCUUCGCGACCAAGUUCCACGAGGUGCUCGGCCUGGUCGAGGCGCGCGCCGAGGAGCUCGACUUUGUCCUCCUCGACACGCCCGGCCAGAUCGAGAUCUUCACCUGGUCCGCCUCUGGCGCCAUCAUCUCUGAGUCGCUCGCCGCGUCGAUGCCGACGGUGGUUGUGUACGUCGUCGACACGCCGCGCUGCUCCUCGGCCGUCACCUUCAUGUCGAACAUGCUCUACGCCUGCUCCAUCCUCUACAAGACCAAGCUGCCCCUUCUCCUCGUCUUCAACAAGACUGACACCUGGAUGAGCGACCUGGACGCCUUUCGCGACGCGCUGCAGGAGGAGAAGUCGUACAUGGGCACCCUCGCAACCUCGAUGGCCCUCAUGCUCGAGGAGUUCUACGCCGGACUCACCUCGGUCGGCCUCUCCGCCCGCACCGGCGAGGGCGUCGACGACUUCUUCGACGCGGUCCAACGGGCCGCAGCCGAGUACGACGAGACGUACGGCGCCGAGCUGGCGGCAAGGAAGAAGGCGGCAGCCGAGGCGGAGGCGGCGCGGCGGCGGGGCGACUUGGGGAGGUUCAGGGAGGACCGGCGCGGCGGCGGCAGCGGCGAGGCGCGCAGCGACGAGAGCGAGGAGGAGGGCGAGGGCGAGGACGAGGACGAGGAGGGGGACGGGCGGGCGGGCUUCACAAAGGCGCGUCACACCCCGCCUACCGCCCGCCGCCAGGGGGUUGGGGGUUUUCACAACGUGCGGCCGAGGGCGUGGGAUCGUUCUGCCGGGUUGGUUCACAGAAAGACCCCCCUACCCCCCCCCCCCCCCCCCUCCACAGGAGGAUGA